UUAUUCGAUAACAUAUCUUCGAUGGUAAACAAACGCUAAGCAACACAGCUAUCGAAUAAACGCAAAGUUAAGUGAAAAAUUUUGUGAAAACGAAAAAGAAAAGAAAAUUAAGUGAGAGGAUGGCCUCGCUGGAACCAACGCAAAAUAAAACGUGGGAUCUAUCCCUGUACGAGCUGCAGCGCAAGCCUCAAGAAAUAAUCACAGAUAGCACAGAAAUAGCCGUCUCACCGCGCAGCUUGCACAGCGAAUUAAUGUGUCCCAUUUGCCUGGACAUGCUAAAGAAGACGAUGACCACCAAAGAGUGCUUGCAUCGGUUCUGCUCGGAUUGCAUUGUGACUGCAUUGCGUUCCGGCAACAAGGAGUGCCCCACUUGUCGCAAAAAACUUGUGUCCAAGCGUUCGCUCCGUGCCGAUCCGAACUUUGACUUACUCAUAUCGAAAAUAUAUCCUAGUCGCGAGGAAUACGAAGCUUCGCAAGAAAAAAUUAUGGCCAAAUUCAACCCAACACAAUCGCAAAAGGCGCUCGUCAACUCCAUCAAUGAGGGCAUCAAGCUGCAAUCGCAGAAUCGCCCGCAACGCUUCCGCACCAACAAGGGAGGCGGCGGGGGUGGUGCUGCUGCCAAUAAUAAUGGAGGUGCGAUCGCUGGAAAUGCUAAUCGUGCUGUCAAUACGCACGAUACUGCGUCCAAUGACAGCAACAGCAAUACGAAUGGCAAUGACCGUGAGUCACGGGACGCAGCUGGAGCAACUGGAGCUGCUGCACCUGCUGCUCCAGCCGCAGCAGCAACUACAACACCCGUCAGCACCAGCAGCAGCAGUAGCAACAACACAACCACUAACACCACCACCACACAGGUUGCGACAACGGCGGGUACAUCAGGCGCCAGCACUUCAUCGAAUCGCAUGCAAGUGGAUGAUGCAUCAAAUCCGCCUUCGGUGCGCAGCACGCCAUCUCCGGUUCCAUCAAAUUCGAGCAGUACGAAGCCGAAACGUGCUAUGUCUGUCAUGACAUCGGAGCGUUCGGAGGAAUCAGAAUCGGACUCACAAAUGGAUUGCCGAACAGAGGGCGAUUCGAAUAUCGAUACCGAAGGCGAGGGCAACGGCGAACUGGGCAUCAAUGAUGAAAUCGAACUAGUCUUCAAGCCACAUCCCACAGAAAUGUCCGCCGAUAAUCAGCUAAUCCGUGCGCUCAAAGACAACUGCAUACGGUACAUCAAGACGACAGCGAACGCCACUGUCGAUCAUCUCAGCAAGUAUCUUGCAAUACGUCUGACACUCGACCUGGGCGCCGAUCUGCCAGAAGCUUGUCGUCUGCUCAACUUUUGCAUCUAUGUGGCACCACAACCGCAGCAGUUGGUCAUCUUGAAUGGCAACCAGACGCUGCAUCAGGUCAAUGACAAAUUCUGGAAGGUUAACAAACCCAUGGAAAUGUAUUACUCGUGGAAGAAGACCUAAAGCGUUACCUUGCCUAGUUCAAAGCAUUUUAGUUAUUAAGCAUU